AUUUUUAUUCCUUGCUUAAUUUAGGCGCAGAGCGCAGACUGUUCGCGGGAAACUACAGUAUCGAGGUUAUGUUUGUGUAUUUGUUAUCAAUUAAUAGUAAUUAUUAUUAGCAAUGUUCAAAGUGGGCAGUAUACGGAAAAUCGAAGUGAAGAACUUUGUGACUUACAGCUACGCGGAGCUGUACCCGGGCCCCAAUUUGAACAUGCUGAUUGGCCCCAACGGCACGGGUAAGUCUACAAUCGUGGCUGCUAUUAUUUUGGGACUUGGGGGUAACCCCAAAACAGUUGGUAGAGGCGUUAGGGUGUCUGAAUACGUGAAACACAACUGUGAAGAGGCCACAAUUCAUAUUUACUUGCAAGGCAGAAAAGACAAUGAUUUUAUUAAGAUUACACGAAUUUUUAAUACGCAUGACAAAACAGGGUGGCUUGUAAACAAUCAGAGAGUAACACUGAAAGAAGUAAUGGAUUGCAUCAAGCAGUACAACAUACAAGUCGAUAAUUUGUGCCAGUUUUUGCCCCAAGACCGGGUUCAGGAUUUCGCGAAAAUGAACCAACAACAAUUAUUGAAGGAAACUCAAGUAGCUCUAUGUCGAACUGAUUUAAUAGAAAAGCAGGAGGCUUUAAUAGCAUGUAAAAAUAAUCACAAACAGCUUACUGAAGCAAUCGAUAAGAACGGAGCGAAGUUGCAGGAAACCCGCGACGCUAAUAUGCGAUUAGAAGGCAAGAUUGAGAAUUUUAGUAGGAAGAAGAAAUUCUUAAGCCAGAUUGAAGGCAUAGACCGUAAAAUAGCCUGGUUACAGUAUGAUGAUCUCUACGAGAAAAUGACCGAAACAAAAGCUGACUUGGCUAAAGCGACCAAAAUUUACGAAAAACACAAGAGCGCUACUAAACCUGCGGAAAAAGAAAUCCAAAAGGCCAAACAAGUGGUUCAAGAACUGCAACAAUCAAACUCAAAUAUUACACGCACCAUUCGCGAGCAUGAAGCGUCCGCCCGAAAUUAUGUGGAGAAAAUUGAGCAAACCAAAGACAAAAUAAGGGACAUUGAGCAGAAAAUGAAUGAUCAGAUUGCCAUCAUUGAGCAAAAGAAUCAAGAAAACGAAGCCAUGGCUUCUAAAAUUGAAGAAUUGAAAGUCGCGCAAAGAGAACUACUCAAUCAGUGUGGCAACGACGAGGAAGUUCAACAAAAAGUUCGAAAACUAACGACUGAAAUGCAGAAAUUUCGACGCCACGUGAGCGAAUUGCAGAAUCAGAGAGAUGAAAUCGUUGCGUCAAGGCAGACGAAGUCGGCGCAAUUACGGGCUUACGAAAACGAAAUCAACAGAAUUGAUAAUGUGAAACAACAAAGGCUAAAUUAUUUGCAGCGCGUGGACAGGGAUGCCUAUGAAGCGGUGGUUUGGCUGAGGAACAACAGAAAUCUUUUCAAGGGAGAGAUUUAUGAGCCUAUAAUGCUAGAGCUCAACGUUCUUGACUCGAAAAAUGCGAUGUACGUUGAGAAUGUCAUUCCGCUGCGUGACCGCGUGGCCUUUACUUGCACUAAUAAAGACGAUAUGAAUGCUUUGAUUCGCCUUUUGAGAAAUGAGAAGCAACUGACAGUCAACGUGCUCUAUGCUGGUGAUCCCAAUGACCACGUAUCACGUUAUCAGCCUUCUAUUCCUAUAGAGCAGUUGCGAAAAUAUGGCUUGUACGCUUACAUGCACUCACUAUUUACCGCCCCUGAGCCAAUAAUGAGGUACUUAUGUAAGACGUACCGAGUGCAUGAUAUUCCAAUCGGCAAUAAACAAACAAACGAGUUCUUCCAAGCAGUGCCUUCCCAAAUUAGGGUUUUCUUUAGUGAUAAGGUGAAAUAUUCGGUGAGCUACUCCCGAUACACCAAAGCUAAAAGUAUAAGACAGAACGAAAUUAGAUCAAACGGGGGUUUCUCCAUAUCUGUUGAUGUGUUACAAUUGGAGAGACUUCGUGGCCAAAUGCAAGAGCUUAGAAAUAGUUUCGACACAUGCGACACUCAAAUGAAAGAACUUGACACACAGAUUUCGCUUAUUAAUGAGAAAGUUUCAAAACUUGGGGAGGAACACAAAUAUAUCCACAGCAUCAAGCAGCAAGUCCAAACAAUUGAAACUCGUAUUGUUGCCAUGCAGCGAAAGGUGCAAGAGUUGCAACAACAGUCGUCCAACGGUGACGAGAUUCGCGCCCAAGGGCGCAACAAAAUUCGAAAAGUCAUCCGAGUUCUUCCACAAUUGUCCCAAGAACUUAAAAACACCUACGAGUCCUUAACAGUCCUCACAGUUAAGAGCGAAUUGAACUUUAUUAAAAUUGAGAAAGCGCGCCGCCAUGCCGCCUAUUUGGAAAACAAAGCUGUGGAAGCGCGACGCUUGAUGGAGGAGAGUGAAGCGACCUUAAACCAGGUCAAGGAGGCUUACGCCAACGUGAAGGGUCAAGCCAAAGCGGCCCUUCAGAAGGCCAAAGGCUUGUCCAAAGGUUAUACACCUGGGGAUGAGGCUUUCGAGGAGUUUCGGGAGACCCACGAGCGGCUUUCUUCCGACUUGCGAGAGCUUCAAGAGGAGAAGUUGCAAUUAAACGCCAAGAUUGAGUGCUUAAGUACAGCCGAUGAUGACGAGAUGCGCGAGUAUGAAGAACGGGUGGAGACGAUCAAAAACCUACAAGGGAGCAUCGAACGGGCUCACGUCGAUUUGAGCAAAAUCUCGGCCAAGAUGGACCAACUGCGGGAGGAGUGGUUGGGUCCGCUUGGCCAGUUGGUCACUGAGAUUAACGCCAACUUCGCCACGGCUUUCGAACGGAUGGGCUGUGCGGGGGAAGUCUCCAUAAACCCGGGCGAUGACGAGCAAGACUUCUCCAAUUACGGGCUGCGUAUCAAAGUGACCUAUCGCAAUGGACAGCCGAUGCAAGAACUCAACAGUGUGGUUCAAAGUGGAGGAGAGAGGGCUGUGGCGACGGCAGUGUUUAUGUUGGCGUUGCAAGAAUUGACUCCAGUGCCUUUUCGAUGCGUCGAUGAGAUUAAUCAAGGGAUGGAUGUGAAUAAUGAACGGAGGAUUUUCGAUUUGUUGGUGGAGUCGACCAGUCAGGCCGACACGGCGCAGUAUUUUUUGAUCACGCCGAAGCUAGUACCCAACUUGAGCUACUCGAGGUCGACGAUGGUGCAUAUUGUGCACAACGGACCGUUUGUGGAGCCGGACAGGAAGUGGGGCAUGUCCAAAUUGUGUAACCCGCAAAGAGCGCUAAUACAUUAAUUGUUUUGUUUGUGUUUUUGUUUUAUAUUUUCACAGAUACUAUGUUUUUACUAAAUAAAGAUUCUUUCUUAAA